AUGAGGGGGGCGAAGCGGCCGCUCGGCGCGGUGAUGGCGUGGGUGCGGCGGCAGCCGCCCAAGGUGAAGGCCUUCCUGGCCGUCGUCACCGGCAUGGCCGCGCUCGUCUUCAUCCGGUUCAUCGUCCACGACCACGACAACCUCUUCGUCGCCGCGGAGGCCGCGCACGCGCUCGGCAUCGCCGUGCUCAUCUACAAGCUCACCAAGGAGAAGACCUGCGCCGGACUAUCCCUCAAGUCUCAGGAUUUAACUGCGUUGUUUCUAGCUGUUAGACUAUACUGCAGCUUCGUUAUGGAGUAUGACAUCCAUACUGUGCUAGAUACUGCUACACUUGCAGCUACACUUUUUGUAAUCUACAUGAUCCGGUUCAAAUUGAGACCAACUUAUAUGGUGGACAAGGACAAUUUUGCAUUGUACUAUGUGGUGGUACCUUGUGCUGUGCUAGCACUGCUUAUUCAUCCUUCAACAUCUCAUAACAUUGUGAACCGUAUCAGCUGGGCAUUUUGUGUUUACUUGGAAGCUGUCUCAGUUCUACCACAGCUGCGUUUGAUGCAAAACACAAAGAUUGUUGAGCCGUUCACAGCACACUAUGUGUUUGCAUUGGGAGUUGCAAGGUUUCUUAGCUGUGCACACUGGGUUCUUCAGGUAUUGGAUACUCGUGGUCGAUUGUUGACUGCUCUGGGCUAUGGCUUGUGGCCAUCUAUGGUGCUUCUGUCGGAAAUCGUGCAGACAUUCAUCCUUGCUGAUUUCUGCUACUACUAUGUGAAGAGUUUGGUCGGUGGGCAGCUGGUGCUACGGCUUCCAUCUGGGGUGGUGUAAGAACUGUAGAAGGAUACAAAGCUUCCAGCUUCACCCAUUUUUAUGUACUCUGAAUAACAGUUAUGUUCUAGUGUCCGACCUUCUGUGUCUCUUACCAAGACCGAGACCGGAGCCUUUUUUUUACUUGAUAUUUUGAGGUAUAACUAUUAAUGACAAGUGCACUAGAGUCUUCUUAAACAUAGGUCGUUGAAUGACUGUUUAUAGUUGCGAAUGUGCUGAUACUUUGGUUCAAUUUAGCUUCUGGGUACAUGGUUGUCGUGAUUUUACAA